AUGGCACCGACCAGCACCAGAGCUACUGGCUCGCCCGCCAACCAAAUAGCUCCCCCCUUCCAGGGCCGCCGCCCCGGCAUCCCAACCCUGCCCGCUGCAGCACCGAGGAAAGCAAGAAACACCGCCGCGAGGAUCGACCAACAAGCCCCAAAGAAGGCCAGAGAGGCAGCCGCCGGCCACCAUGGCCGCCGGGUACCAGAUCUGGGGGCGACCCGGGCCUUGCGGGCCCGGGACCCCUGCCCCAACCCGCACGCAGGGCGGCCGGGAGGCCACCCAGCCCACGCCUCGCCCUGCUCCAUCCCGGAAGGCCUCGCCACCGCCGGCCCCGCCCGGCCAUGGCCGCCGAAGUUCGCGCCGCCGUGCUCGCCGCCCAGAUCCCGCCGCCGGCCGAGCUCGCGCCGCCCAGCACCGCGGACGCCUCCGCUGGAGCCGCCGCCGCCCUGA